AUGAGCGAGGGCGAGAUGAGUAGCGCCAACGGCAAGAUCUCGAACCAUGAGCGCGAUGCAGAACAGCAGGAUGGCCCCCGGUUGCGGAGAAGUGUAACACGUGCUGUGGUUCAGGACUUCAGUCCGAUAUGGUUUGUUCAAAGAUCACUUAAAGAAUCAGGUAGCAUUUUGCUAACACGCAAGGACAGGUUCACCUGGUGUAUGAACUCCGGAGCGAUUGCUGAACUCCUACACCAAUGUCCAUACCGGUUUAACGGCAUUGACAUUCUGGCCAACAUCUUCUUCGUCAUCAACUUGGUCCUAUAUGUUGUAUUCUCCAGCCUCUUCAUCGCCCGGUUCGUAUGGUUCAAACGGGCUGCAUACGAUGAGGUCGUCAACAACAUGGCCGAACUCACGUUUCUCUCCUGUUGGGCUAUCGCUUUCAUGACGCUCACUUCGGACGUCGCACUGAUCCUGAGCACGGCAUGGUGGGGCGGAUACCACUUUACGCUGGUGGCCUACGUGAUGUUUUGGUUUGUUCAGGCAUGGAAUACCGUUCUCCUUCUCUGGGCCUUCAUCACGCUAAUACGGAGACACGACUCCUCGGACCGCCGCAUGCCGACGUCGAUAAUCAUCCCGGCCGUGAGCAUGUCUACCGCUUCCAUUACUGGUGCUGUUGUGGCAGCAUUCGCCAAGGAUCUCUCGUCAAGGCUCGCUGUACCGGUCAUGAUUGUGAGCUUCAACUGGGUGGGCGUUGGUAUCCUGACUGGACUGAUACUCUACGUUUAUCUGUUCCACAGCCUACUCGCUCAAGGAUGGCCGGCACCAGAUCAGACGGCGACAAUGUUCAUAUUGGUCGGUCCGAUGGGUCAGUCUGCGGCGGCAUUACAGAUCCUUGGGGCAGCCGCCACAACCUACGGCAGGUUCGGCGACUACAACAAGGGCACUUUCCUGACAGCCGAGGCUGCACGAGGACUUGAUGCAGCCUGCGUUCUCAUUGCUCUCCUCCUGAACGGCUUGGGUGUCAUUUGGCUAUGCUUUGGUAUCUACGUGAUGGUUGAGAGGGCGGUACAGAAACAGUUGCGUUGGACGCCAGCGUGGAAUGCUAUCAUCUUACUCAGAAUCUCGCAAGGGAAGCUACUAAUUGUGAGGGAAGACUGGAGGGUCAAGCAACAGCUGGAGGACCGCCAGAAGGCAAAGUGA